UCCCGCCCCUAGGUUUGCAGCUUCGGAAACUGAGAUUUGGCUGGGCAUCCAGGGCCUGGGUCCAUGAAGCUACGAAAGCACGGCUCGGACUGCCACCCCAUAGAGGAACCAGCAAUGAAGGUAUUCGAGUAUCUAGCUCCAAGGCUCACGAGCUCUCUUAGGAGGUGGGGAGAAGCUGAUGGCACUUCUGGCCUCCGAACGCUGGGGGUCGCGCUGUUCUUUGCGCUGCCUCUUGGGAACUGAGAGUUCACUGCGCAAGCGCGCUCGGCUUCUCUCCUCGGUACCCACGUGUAAAUCUUCCCGUUAACUUUUUUGAGGAAAAUGCCCAAAUUUAAGGCGGCACGCGGGGCUGGGGAUCGGGAAAAACACGCGCCCCUGGCGGAGCAGAUCCUGACUGCGGACGCAGUGCGGGCGGGGGCCCGGGAAAAACGGAGGGGCCGCAGGACCCGAGAAGAAGAGGAAGAAUAUGUGGGCCCCCGGCUGACCCGACGGAUUUUGCAACAAGCGCGGCAGCAGCAGGAGGAGCUGGAGACUGAACAUGGGACUGGAGACAGGCCCAAGGCGCCGAGGGAGCGCACCACGCGGCUGGGUCCAGGAGUGCCACAGGAUGGAUCAGAUGACGAGGACGAGGAGUGGCCCACCCUGGAGAAGGCUGCCACAAUGACAGGGGUGGGCCACCAUGCAGAAGUGGUCGUGGAUGAGGAGGAUGAGCGUGCUAUUGAGCUAUUCAUGAAUAAGAACCCUCCUGUCAGGCGCACCCUGGCUGACAUUAUCAUGGAGAAGCUGACUGAGAAGCAAACAGAGGUUGAGACAGUCAUGUCAGAGGUAUCAGGCUUCCCUAUGCCCCAGCUGGACCCAAGGGUCCUAGAGGUCUACAGAGGAGUCCGGGAGGUCUUAUCGAAAUACCGCAGUGGGAAACUGCCCAAGGCCUUUAAGAUCAUCCCUGCCCUCUCCAACUGGGAGCAGAUCCUCUACAUCACAGAGCCUGAGGCCUGGACUGCAGCUGCCAUGUACCAAGCCACCAGGAUUUUCGCCUCUAACCUGAAGGAACGCAUGGCCCAGCGCUUUUUCAACCUUGUCCUGCUCCCCCGAGUACGAGAUGACAUUGCCGAAUACAAACGACUAAAUUUCCAUCUCUACAUGGCACUCAAGAAGGCCCUGUUCAAGCCUGGAGCCUGGUUCAAAGGAAUCCUGAUCCCACUGUGUGAGUCCGGUACCUGUACCCUCCGGGAAGCCAUCAUCAUAGGUAGCAUCAUCACCAAGUGCUCCAUCCCUGUGUUGCACUCCAGUGCGGCCAUGCUGAAAAUUGCUGAAAUGGAAUACAGUGGCGCCAACAGCAUCUUCCUGCGACUACUGCUGGACAAGAAGUACGCACUGCCCUACCGGGUGCUAGAUGCCCUGGUCUUCCACUUCCUGGGCUUCCGGACUGAGAAGCGGGAACUGCCCGUGCUCUGGCACCAGUGCCUCCUGACCUUGGUCCAGCGCUACAAGGCGGACCUGGCCACAGAUCAGAAAGAAGCCCUCCUAGAACUGCUCCGGCUGCAGCCCCAUCCACAGGUGUCCCCUGAGAUCAGGCGUGAACUUCAGAGCACAGUCCCCCGAGAUGUGGAAGAUGUGCCCACCACCAUGGACUGAGGAAACAUACCUGUGCUGGCCCCAAGGGUCCUGGAAGAACACCAGGACCCCAUUGGUGGCUGAAGGUGACGGUGAACCUUUAUGCCUGCAGACUCAGAUCAGGACGGGGAGAGGUUACACAGGCACCUGUGACUCCCUCGUACUGGACAGGGAAGACUGAGGGUCAGGCUGGCCCCCCUUCCAUUCUAGCCCCUGGUCCCUGCUCAGUUCCGAAAUCUGAUUUGAGACUCAACACCCUGCUCCUCCACUCCCCAGCAGGGGCCUCUCGUGUCUAGUGACUGGGAUGUGGAAAGAAAGAAAGCCAGGUAUUUAUUGA